AUGAUAAAUUAUAAUAAAAUUAAAAAAGUUAGAGCAAUAAUUUUUGAUUUAGAUGGUACAUUAUUAACAGGUACAGAUUUUAAAUUAUUAAGAAAAGAAUUAAAUUUAGAAAAUUUUGCAAAAAUUGAUAUUUUAGAAAUUAUAAAUGGUUAUUCAAUUGAAGAGAAAGAGAAAGCAAAUAAGAUAAUAUAUGAUUUCGAAUUAAGAGCUAGAAAUCAAAUUCAACUUCAAGAUAAUGUUGAAGAACUAUUAGAAUUUUUAGAGAUUAAUAAUAUACCAAAAGCAAUUCAUUCACGUAAUAGUUUAGAGAAUAUUCAACAUUUCGUUUAUCAACGUUUAUCAAAACCAUAUAGAUUUCAUCAUUUAGUUGGUAGAGAGAUCGAACCACCAAAACCAAAUCCAUCAGGUUCAUUAGAUAUUCUUAGAGUUUUCAAUGAAUCAUUCAUAAAACAAAAUCAAUCAAUCAUUAAACCAGAUGAAAUUCUAUUCGUUGGUGAUUCAAUUGAUGAUAUCACCACUAGUAAAAAUUUCGGUUCAAUCUCAAUGUUACUUUUAAAUGAUCAUAAUAAACAUCAUAGUCAAUCUGCUGAUUAUUCUAUUUCAAAUUUUACUGAAUUAAUUCAAAUUUUAAAUUUAAAUUUAAAUUUAUCUUUUAAUAAUAAUAAUAAUAAUAAUAAUAAUAAUAAUAAUAAUAAUAAUAAUAAUAAUAAUAAUAAUAAUAAUAAUAAUAAUAAUAAUAAUAAUAAUAAUAAUAAUAAUAAUAAUAAUAAUAAUAAUAAUAAUAAUAGUAAUAAAAUAUCUUCUAAUUAA